CCUCACUCGUCUCGCGGCUCCAAGCUUUCCAAGAUGCAAGCACAUCUACUACCUGUCUCACGCACCUACAGAGCAAGUCGCCAUGGCGCACGCACACACCCACCAUCUAUGGCGCCAUCCGGGACACACACACACACACACAUACACACACACACAACGUGUAUACUGCAUUCUGUAGAUAGCCGCAACGCUGCCCAGAGACGCGCCGCCAUGCUUGCUUUAUAAGCCCCGCCCCGUCAUCGCUGCCGUGGAUCCCGGGACGAGAGCGCGUCCCGAUGAUGGCGUCAACGCACCCCAAUCUUUUGUGACAUCAAAAUGGCACCUCCUCCGGGAUGUGAUUACAAUUCAUCAUCAUCCAUCCGUAGAUCCCCGCGUUGUCUUUUCUUUCUUGUACCACGUCGUUGCUCAGUUGCGUGAUUGAUUGAUAAAUAACCCAACGCCCUCCGCCGCAGUUUUCAAUCACACCGUCAAAGUCCGUCCAUCAUCAUCCGCGCUCUCACGCCCAAACCCAGAACCUCAUCCACCAUCAAGCCUCCGGCACCGCGGGAUACGUAACAAGGAAAAGUAACAAAAAACAAAAAACAAAAUCACCCUUAUACCCAACCGCACGCUAUAAUACAGAACCACACGACACGUCUACUACCAUGUCCGCCGCCCCUUCCGCCGCCUUCUACGCCCUCAUCGCCGGCACCGGCUCCGGCACCGGCGCCGCCGCCGCCCUCCGCUUCGCCCGGUCCUACCCCGUCGUCCUCCUCGCCCGCUCCCCCGCCUCCUAUCAGCCCGUCGUCGACCAGAUCCGCGCCGCCGGCGGCGUCGCCCACGGACUCUCCGCCGACGUCGCCGACCCGGCCGCCCUCGACGCAGCCCUCGCCUCCGUCGAGUCCGACCUCCUCCCCGGCGCGCGCCUCGCCGCCGCCGUCUACAACGCCAACGCCGGCUUCGCCGUCAAGCCGUUCCUCGAUCUCACCGUCGGGGACCUCGAUGCCAGCCUCGGCACCGGCGCCUACGGCCUCUUCCACUUCGCCCAACGCACCAUCCCCCUCCUCCUCGCCGCCGUCCCCUCCUCCCCGCACCCGCCCUCCCUCAUCGUCACCGGCGCCACCGCCUCCGUCCGCGGCAGCGCCCGCUUCGCCUCCUUCGCCGCCGCCAAGUUCGCCCAGCGCGCCCUCGCCCAGUCCCUCGCCCGCGAGUUCGGCCCCCGCGGCGUCCACGUCGCCCUCGCCAUCGUCGACGGCAGCAUCGACACCCCCUGGGGCAAGGACCGCGUCGCCAACGGGGGCGUCGACGACGGCAAGAUCAAGCCCGAAGCUGUAAGCCUUGCGCGCGCACGCACACUGCUCUCUCUCUCUCACUCUCCCUUUCCCUUUCCCUUUGCCCUCGACGUUGCGCGCGGAUGCUGACACAGGUUUACUUAGAUUGCUGAAAGCUACUGGCAUCUGCACACCCAGCAUAGAUCUGCCUUUACACAGGAGCUGGACCUCCGCCCCUACGUUGAAAAGUUCUAAGUUACAAACACUCAAUAAACACGUGUCAAGCAAUGACG